AUGGCUCGCCAUCUCGUUCACUCGUUUAUUUUGACUGCCGCCCUUAGCCCCUUCGUUAACGCAGGACCAUGUCGCCCAUCUUCUAGCUCCGCUGCUGUCGGCACGACCACCACCGAGCACUCCACUCUGAGUGGUUCUGCUCUCUCGACAGAAACCAUUGUUACGAUCAGCGAGACCGCCAGCUCUAGCUCUGACGAUGCUACCAGUACUGCCGAGGAUGCUACUAGCACUGAGCAAUCAACUGUGACUGGGCCCGCUGUUUCGACAGAUAACGUUGUUACUGUCAGCGAGUCUGUCACCUCGAAGUCUGACGAUGCCACCAGCACUGAGCAGUCAACUCUGACUGGGUCUACUCUUUCGAGAGAUACCACUAUCACUGCCAGCGAGACUGCCACUUUGAGCUCCGAAGGUACCACCAAGACAGAGGAGUCAACCGUGACGGGAUCGGCGGCUAGCUCAACGGACGUCACUACCACUAUUAGCGAGUCUGCUGCUACCACCACCGCCACUACCUGUACCCCUGCCGAGCCCCCGGUGUACACCGAGACUGAGGACUUCAUGAUGACUACAAUGUUUGAGGACGCUGUCACCACCACUACUGCUGCUGAACCACCCGCGACUACCACUGAGGCGUAUGAAUGCGAGGAUAACCUCAAAGAACCAUCACCAGCAGAUGUAAUUUGUGGCAGUCGGGGCUAUGCGACUGGGAACAGCGACGGCUUUAGGCAAUUGAACUACGUUUUUGCCAACUCGCUCCUCGAUUGUUACGGAUCCUGUCAGCGGACCCAAAAUUGCGAGACAUUCUACUAUUAUGACGAUGGCUCUUGUCAGCUCUUCAAGGGCACUGUCGACGGCACGGAUGACGCAGAAACCCCCUUCAAGACAUACGAAACACGCUGCUUCUGCGACACUGGUAUCGAACCGGCACCCACUUGCGAAGACACCAACCCUAUCAUCAAUGGAGGCUGGGACGAUGGAAAGUUCUCUCCUUGGGAAUAUUAUCCCAGGGCGUCUGGACGCGACAUCGUCGAUUUCAAGAUCAAGGCUGGCGGCCAGGGCGAUUCAGCCUACCGCUUCCAAACCGGAAACUUCCACUUCGACAAGUCCAUGUGGAUCUACCAAGAUGUCAAGGCCUGCCCUGGUAUUACCUUCACUUGCACCUUCAACUGGUGGUGGGACAAGUACUACGCCAUUCGCCAGAAUGAUGGUUCUCGACUCGUUCCCUAUGUCCGCAUCUAUCAAGAUGAUGAUGAUUACGCCCUCACCAGCAGGUACCCAACAAGCGACGACGACACCAUGCGAUGGAUACAAGGAGGCUUCAGAUUUACUGUGCCGGAUAGUGGCGAGACGAGAAUCUGGUAUAUCGCCAGUAGUCCCCAGGGUGAAUGGCUCAACACCAGCGAUGAUCCUUGUAAGCCGGAGUGGGUUCAUAGACCCAAUGCUCUUGCUCUGGACUCGAUGGUUUGCUCCAGGAACUAA